AUGCAUGGACUCAACUACGACCAUAACCCCACUAUUUUGCAUGAAGUGGUGAAAGCAGUUGCUAAUGAGAUCGGAGGGGACAAAGUUGGUGUCAGACUUUCCCCUUUUGUUGAUUAUUGUGAUUAUGGAGACUCAAACCCUCAAGCAUUGGCCAUUUACAUGGCUCAAUUCCUUCAAUGGUACUUUAUUGUUGCUGGUGGAUAUGAUAUGAGUGAAGUUAACAAUGUGGUGGGUAGUAGUGGUGCGAAUUUGGUGGCUUAUGGAAGACUCUUUUUGACAAAUCCAGAUUUGCCUAAAAGAUUUGAGCUGGAUUCCCAUUUUAAUAAGGUUGAUAAAAACACUUUUUACACAAGUGAUCUUGUUGUUGGAUAUACAGAUUAUCCAUUUCUAGAAAAUGCUAACUAA